GCCUGGCAGCGGGAAGGCUGCCUGCUAGGCGCGGGGCCCGGGAGGCCAACGCAGACGGGGCCGCGAGUGCCAGAGAGGCCGCCGCUCGCUCCCGAGGGCCCCGACGGGCGGGCACGCUGCUCGGGGCCCUUAAGCCAGGACCCGUGUCCCUCUCCGCAGCGUCGCCAUGUCCUCGGUGUUCGGGAAACCCCGCGCGGGCAGCGGGCAGCAGAGCGCUCCCCUCGAGGUCAACUUGGCCAUCCUGGGGCGCCGCGGGGUGGGCAAGUCCGCUCUGACGGUGAAGUUUCUGACCAGGAGGUUUAUCAGCGAAUAUGACCCCAACUUGGAGGAUACCUACAGCUCCGAGGAGACCGUGGACCACCAGCUUGUCCACCUGAGGGUCAUGGACACUGCAGACCUGGACACCCCCAGGAACUGUGAGCGCUACCUGAACUGGGCCCACACCUUCCUGGUGGUGUACAGCGUCGACAGCCGCCAGAGCUUCGAGGGCAGCAGCAGCUACUUGGAGCUGCUCGCUCUGCAUGAGAAGGAGACGCAGCGCAGCUACCCUGCUCUGCUGCUGGGCAACAAGCUGGACAUGGCCCAGUACAGGCAGGUCACUCAGGCAGAGGGCAUGGCCUUGGCGGGCAGGUUUGGGUGCCUGUUUUUCGAGGUCUCUGCCUGCCUGGACUUCGAGCACGUGCAGCACGUCUUCCAUGAGGCAGUACGGGAGGCACGGCGGGAGAUGGAGAAGAACUCCCUGGCCAGGCCCCUCUUCAUCUCCGAGGAGAGGGCCCUGCAUCACCAGGCCCCACUCACGGCCCGGCACGGGCUGGCCAGCUGCACCUUCAACACACUUUCUACUGCUAGCCUGAAGGAGAUGCCUACUGUGGCCCAGGCCAAGCUGGUCACUGUAAAGUCAUCCCGGGCUCAGAGCAAGCGCAAGGCACCCACCCUGACACUGUUGAAGGGCUUCAAGAUCUUCUGAGGGCCCCUGCUCAGGAUUCCAGGCUCAGCGCU